AUGACCGGAGGCCAGCGACUGCUUGCGCGGGACGAAAAACGCCAGAUUCAAAUUCAAGAGUGGGUAGGAGCCAACUUUAAGAUCAAUUUAUCGCGCUCGACAACGCAUCGCAUCAUCCAUGCGCUGGAAGAUGUAUUCAGUAGCCCUCAAGGCCAUAAAAAGAAUCGCAGUGUUCGGUUUCCUGAAGGCGUCGAGAACAGCGUAUUCUGCAUAUAG